AUGGCGGUGCGACCAGACCUACGGGUCCUCCUUGAAGGGGAUACAUCAAGAGCAUACAACGAAGGAGAGAGUGUGAAAGGAAGAGUCACGCUUGUAUUGGGAUAUGAAGAGGAGGUCAAAGAACUCAAAAUCUCCUUCACUGGCAUAUGUACGACAAAGACGACAAGGCCGGUGCAUGGAGACGGCACUGAUCAGCACACUGGAUCCCGACGCGAAUAUGAGGAAGACGUCACCUUGUUCAGCUUUGAUCGGAAACUACUUCCCGCCUGCACCUUGGCCCCUGGCAAGUACUCCUGGGAGUUUGACUUCACAUUCCCAAAGCAGACUGAAGCACAGUUUUCUCGUUGGCAGCACAAGUCCAGAUACCCUGGACUGCCACACCCCCUCCCGCCAACUUUCUUGAUGUACACCGGCGAACCAUGCGGUAAAGCGUCGAUAUCGUACUACCUUCAGGCCAGAUUGGUUCUGGGUGGAACUUGCGGAACGGUGAAGACCACGGAAAUGCUAGGAUUUCUUCCCAGUGCACAAAAUACGCCUCGCGAGCCACAGAUCAAGUCACGUAUAUUAUAUGCGCAAGCCCUGAAAACUGGUCAGAAGGAACCGAGAAACACCGUAAAAAAGAUCAGGACGAGUGUCUCACGGAAGCGGUCGGGGAGUGCCAGUAUCCCGCGGAUAGUGCCAACCAUGUAUUUCCCACAAGAGGUCGCCGCAGGUCAGCACAUCCCCAUCCUUCUCUCUCUCUCCAAAGCCAGCGUCGGCGAGCAUCCUGAGUGUGUCCUGGAUUCUCUCACGGUCACGCUUUCCACCUUCAGCACGUCAAUGUGCGGACGGCUUUUCACCCAGCCGGAAGAUAUUGUAACAAAACAUGUCACGUGUAUCUCGAAACAAUCUAUCAACCAACCGAUAUCCUACUCCUCGCCCACACCUCUGACAACGAAUUUCCGCCUUUUGGACGAUGCGGAAUGCGUCCCGUCUUUCAGUACGUACACCAUUACCCGUCGAUAUGAGAUGAAGGUCACGGUGGGAGUCAAGUGCGAAGGAGAGACUUUUACCAUCUCGACCACCACGCCUUUACAAAUCCUGCCUCGCAGACGUCUCACGGCCUUGCCGCAUACAGGAGACGAAGACGAACAGGUGGAACCCUUACCACUGUAUAUGCCACGGGAGCCUUCCAACGAGCUUGCCCCGGACUAUGACACACUGUACUCGCUGUCUCCGUCAACGUCUACUGUUACAUCACUCACGUCGCACCCGGAAGGAAUUGGGAGCUCAAGCUUCGUGUCCACUGUAUCGACGCCGGCAACGACAGCGCCCACGACCCCAGAGUCGGAACUUGAACCUCCUAUAUUCGGGCCUGCUGAUACUAGCGUGCAGUGA